UCUCACCCAACACAAUACACUCUGGCUUCUGCACCUGCUGAGAUAACAAAAAACAAAAGCAAUCCUUUUAUUCUGUGGGAAAACCCAGAGAAAAUUAACAAAACAUCUCUCUUCUUGGGUGCCUCAAUUUUCUUCACUUUCUGCAUUGUUAUUCACUAGAAGGUCCUGUGCCGAGUCAUCUUCACAAUUCAAAUCCUUUUGCCUCCACUGAAUCCUAUAGAAACACAAGAUCUCUCUCUUCUUAGGGACAUGGUUGUUGCUGUUGUUACUGCUGCGACUUAACAUAAUAUAACCUUGCGGAGUCUGCAAAGUUGAAGGUUGUGAAAGCAAAAAUGUCUGGAAAGUCUUUGAAAUCCUUGAAGGAUGAAAACCCAGAUUUGCAGAAGCAAAUUGGGUGCAUCACUGGAUUUUUUCAGCUCUUUGACCGCCACCGUUUCCUCACAGGCCAACGCUCCGGCACCUGCAUUCAGCACAGCCCAACUUCAGGAGCAAGCAGUUAUGAAAUUAAUGAGCUCAACGGUACAAUGCUGAAAACUAAGGCAAAGAAUCUCAAGGAUGCUAGAGAAAAGCAACAAUUCUCCACAGAAUCAUCUAUAACUUCUUUAUCUUCAUCCUCUUGUUCAUCUAGCAUGUCAUCCCUUGAGUUUAACAGAACCAUUCAGAUGCAAUCAUCAUCAAGAAAUCAGACAAAAAUUCCUGAAAAUACAAAUUCAAAAGUAGCAAAGAAACAACUUGAUACCUCGCGCCAUCAAUCCCUCCAUUUCAACCAUAUUGUCAAAGACUCGAUGCAUAAAGAAGCUCAAGGAUUGUCUGUGAGAACUGUGGCUGAAGAGGAAAAGAAGGGUCACACUAAUACCUUGAAACUCAUAGACUCUCCCCGGCCUCUGCGGUCACAGAAAUCUGUCAAUGCAGGAGUUACAGUUGCCGGCGAACCAUUCCAUACUCUUGCCAAGUCCAAGAAAACACCUUGGGACUCACCACGGCUCUCUUAUGAUGAAACAUUCAAAUCUGCCACAAAGCAUAAGGAAUUCCCAAGGCUUUCCUUGGACAGCAGAGAAGGGUCCAAUGAAGGAAACAAGUCUCGCAACCUGUUGAAGGGUCAGCAGAAAGGUUAUGCAAAGAGCUCUAGCACAAUGAUUAACCAACUGCAAGAACCAGAAUCUUCCAAAAGAUCUUCCAGUGUUGUAGCAAAGUUGAUGGGACUUGAAGCCCUGCCGAUUGGAACUUCUAGUUGCUCUAGCACAAGUGAUGAAGAUAAGCACCACCAAAAAUUCGCCUUGCCUCGGUUUAAAAAGGCUGAUUCAAUCACAAAUGAGAAGCCUUAUUCACGAUUUGCACUAGAAUCAACUCCUUGGGGGCAACCUGAUGCAAUCCAAUGUUCUCAAUUACAAACUUCCAAGGAUUGUGAGUCUGAUGUAAAAGCCUCAAAGACCUCUCUCACGGUAUAUGGGGAAAUUGAGAAAAGGGUGGCUGAACUUGAGUUCAAAAAGUCUGGAAAGGAUCUCAGAGCCCUUAAACACAUUCUUGAAGCAAUGCAGAGACGUAAAGAUUCGUUAGACAUUGCUAGAGAUCAGGCUUCAAAUUCUCCAUCUGACAAUAGGAAUAGUACUAAUUCCAAUGAAAGCUCCAACAUACAAAGCCCACGAGUACGACAGAAAGACCUGGCAUCUGUCACGGUUGAGAUGUCAAAUUCUAACCGGGGUAGUAAAUUGCCAAUUGUCAUCAUGAAACCUGCGAAAGUUACUAGAAAAGUCAAUAGUCCUUCUCCUACAGAAUUAUCAGUUCACGGAAAAUCUGGUGUCAGCAAAUGUUCCCCUAGUAAUCCAAGAAAUGGAAGAUUAGCUGACAAAAAUAGUGCUAAAGGCACAAGUUCAACAAAAAAUAACAAGGGUCCUUUUGGCCAACAGGUUCGUCCAUCAUAUAAAAACUUGAGAACUUCAAAAUUGAUGCAAUCCUUGGAAGUUUCUCAAGAGAACACUGAAGAAUGCACCACCAAUUCUGGUUAUAUAACUGUGACUGGGAGCCCCAGAUUACAAAAGAAGUUUGGUCUGGAGAGGUGUUCACGACCAACCAGUUCAUCGUCGGAUUCCUGCAUUAACAGAAGAGAGCACAAUAGGCAACAUGUGGAAUUGUCUUCUCCAAGUACAACACCAACACAUAAGUUCUCCAGUUUGCAGCAAAUAAAUGAACGUUUCAGUGAGAUCAGUAGUAACUGGAGGAAUUUUAAGCACCGUGUUAAUGUCAUUUCGGACUUAGACGACAAAAGAAACUCGAUCGGUCAUAGUGAGAUUGAAGUCAUUCGAAUUGAUCAAACUGGAAAGAUCAUUAGUUCCUCCAUCCAGCUGAGUUCUAUGCAUCAAUAUAAUGCAUUUGAAGAGUUGAUGAAGACUGAGACAAUGGUUACUGCGGAACAACCAAGUCCUGUGUCUGUUCUUGAUGCUGCAUUCUAUAGAGAUGAUCCACCAUCUCCAGUGAAAAAGAAACCAGACAUCUCAAAAUAUUUAGGUGAAGCUCAAAGCACUGAUGGUGACAGUGAAGAGAACUCAAUGGAUAUACUUCAAGAAAUUGACUGGAUUGAAGAGAAACUAAUCAAUUUCAAUAACUCUAAGCACCCUGACCAUAAGUAUAUAACAGAAAUACUGUUAGCAUCAGGUCUGCUCAGUGGCCACAGUUCCAGCCAGAUAUUUCACUCGCCGGGUCACUUGAUUAAUCCAAAAUUGUUCUUUGCACUUGAAAAAGUGAAGACAGAGAAGAGACAUUUUAACAUUGAUGCCAAUGCCAAAAAGAUUGCCAGGUUAAAAAAUCCUGAGCAGAUGCAAAGAAAACUCAUAUUUGAUGUUGUCAAUGACAUUUUAGUUCAAAAGAUGAUAUUGGAUAGUUCUUCUGCAUUGUGGUGCCAACCAAGUGAGUUUGCAGGCACAAGACCAAAAGGGCAGCAGCUUUUGGAUGAGCUGUGCACAGAAAUAGAUCAGUUGCAGCCUCAAAAUGGGAAUGUCAGUUUAGCUAAUGAGGAUGAGAAUUUGAAGCAUCACCAUGCAAUUUGGACUAACUGCUGCACUGAGAUACCAAAUGUUGUGUUGGAUAUUGAACGUUUGAUCUUUAAGGAUUUGAUAACCGAGGUUGUGAGAGGUGAAGUAGCAAACCACACUGGUACACAUUGCAGGCAACUAGUGUUUUUCAAGUAGGAAUUUUAGCUAAAAAGUAUGAGGAUAAAAGAGAAUAUAUCUAGUUAUGUAGUUUUCAUGUUUCACCUUUCUAAUCUAGCUACACAUGAUAUAUAGUUUGAUGGGUAAUAAACUGCUUAAUUUGCAGUUUCA